UGGUGCUCCAACCGCCGCCGUGUGAUACAUCAUCCCCGCCACCAUCGCCCAAAGCCGUGCUCCACCUCACGACUCCCACUGCCCAACGCAGCUCACUACCCCCAAACUCCCCCAGCCCUUUGUAUUCAUGACUUCAGAGGAGGCACUUCGUCUUGAUCAUGCCCAUCUUCCAUGAUCAUUUCGACAGUCCGCCCCGAAAGUCCGUCGCCCAGGAAUCCGCCCCGGACCAGCUUGAAAGAGCAGGAUACCCACAAUGUAGCUCUGAGGCCACGUUGCGAGACGGAGUGGACCCAGGAAGCUGCACGGAAUCAAAUUCUCGCUUUAACAUAGACUCGACGCCCUUCAACACCCACCGCAAACCCUCGGUGCUCAACCGAGUCGAGCUGAUUGAGAGAAUCAAGAGAGGGAACAGUCCUUCGUGGCCACAGCUUCAAAAUAAUGGAAAGCACUCCGACGCGAAAGAAAGCCGGCCGACAUCUCGAGACCGACCAAGCACUCCCUUACUCCCCCCCGCUGAGCUUAAACCGUCCCGUACUACUACGCCCGACCCGCUUCGUGAUCAUGCUUCUGCAGGAUUCGAGAUCGAACGCCCUCGAUCGGCGUUGCACUCGGGAGAUUUUAGAGAGAAGAAAGAAGACCCAAAAUUUGAUAAUGGCUCUUCAAAUAUCCCAUUGGCAACUUCUCCCGUCCCUCCGUGGCACAGUUCGUUCCCAGCCGCUGCAUAUCCCUCAAGCCGGGGUCAGUCUGUGCUUCCCUUCGCUGAUGCACUGAACUACGACUCUCGUCCAACCAUCCGGUCGCGGACGGCGUCGCAGUCAUCAUUCUCCUCAUCUUUUGUAUUCAUGCCUCCUACUAGCCCGCUUGUCCAGCAAUCAAACAACACUGAUCUGGACUUUUCUUCACGACCAGCCUCGAGACAGUCAUCCCGAAGUCCGGAAAGGAAUAACCGGCGACAUACCUAUUCGCCUCAUUCUUUCCAAACCUUCAAGUCUGCUCACAUGGCCAAACCUGUUUUUGGAACACCUGGGGCGCGGCAUCUGAGAAGAGAAGGAACCUUCCCGUAUCAGGCCCAUCAACCAAGGCGAUCUAUGACCUCAUUUCACCAGUUUCAGCCCCAUUCAAGUCCCCAGACCCCGUUCAUGCACCCGCAGAGACCAGCCUGUUCCUCAGAUGCAUCUCCUUUACACCACGCUCCUAUGGUGGGCUCGUACGAGGAAUCAAUAUUGCGUGGGAGGAUGUCUACGACGCCCUCGCGCCCCCUGGAUUUUGUCGCACAGAUUGGAGUCCUCGGGAAAGGCCAAUGCAAGCCAAAUUUGCGGUGUCCACCUCACGUAACUGUUCCAUUUCCGGCGGUAUUCUACAGCUAUAAUAGUGGGAAUGGUCGGAUUGCGGACAACUCCCCUAGUCCAUAUGUUGGGCUUGUAGAUCUCGAAAACUCACUUUCACCACCAGAAGAAAGUUCUGAAUCAUCCAGGCGGAAACGGCGUCACACCAUUCCAACUCCGGCCCAAGAUGAACUUGACUUCCAACCAAGUCCGAGAGACGACCACCAUUCUCGCCUCUCUAAAGGAGACAUUCGGCGGAGGGAGAAGAUGAAGAGGCGAUCAACAUCACCAAAAGCACCUCCAGGUGGAAGCUAUCGCAUUCCACAACAAGGACAAUUGCAGAUUGUGCUCAAGAACCCAAACAAGACCGCUGUCAAGCUGUUCCUCGUUCCGUACGAUCUUUCCGACAUGGAACCAGGGCAAAAGACAUUUAUCCGUCAGCGAAGUUACUCGGCCGGGCCCAUUAUCGAUAUGCCGUUAUCAUCACGAAAGAACUUCGGCACGGAUAGACCGGAAGCUGCACUAAGCAAUUCCGACGAUCCCAACGACCGGCCUGUCUUGCGAUACCUAAUACACUUGCACAUAUGUAGUCCAUCGAAAGGGCGAUAUUUCUUGUACAAAAGUAUUCGCGUCGUUUUUGCCAAUCGGGUGCCGGAUGGCAAGGAGAAACUCAGGAAUGAGAUUCAACUACCUGAGCCUCGGUAUAGCACUUACAAACCCACGCGCGAUUCAUUGGCCCAGCAGUCAAGCUCUUCAACUGCGGCGCAGUUGACAGCUGAAAAAGCCUACAGACGCCGGAGCCUAGCCUUUUCGCUUUCGCAACAUAGCUACGAUCAUAUGGACGGGCUCAGCUCCCAGCCGCCGCUACCCUCGCCUACCUACCGGUUCUGCGGCGGAAAUGGCUUCCCUUCCCACGACUUCGGUUCGCCAAUGUCUGCGGUAGAGCCAAUUCCAUUUAAUCUACCCCGUGUUAGUUCUAUGGACUCGCAGUCUGUCUCACAAGAUCCUUUAGAUCUAAAUCAAGACAGUCCUUUCCGGACCCACACGAGUAGCGGCACGAACCCAUCCCCAUCCAGAGCAAGCCUUAGCACUCCCAUGAACAUCCACACUGAGACUUUCGACAAGCUGAGCAAGGGUGACAUAGGAUAUGGUGGCAAUGCGUUCUGUAGCAUUGGUGGUCCGGCAGCUUCGCCUGGUGCAGGACUGCUGGCGAGAAGAUUGCGAGGGCUUGACGUCCAGCCAGACAAAGAAGAGCAGGCAGAUGCGCUGUAAAUACUAUGCCUUUGCAUCCUAUUUUAUUUUAUGCAUAAUACCACCGCCGUGGUAGGAUGUUUAUACCCACGGGUUUGUAUUGGAAUGGCCCCACUUUCUUUUUUUUCUUUUUUCUUUUUAGAAGGAUGCUUGUUGCAUAGCUAGCGUGGUGGUCCCGGGCGUUUUGGGUAGAUACCUAUUGUUGGAAAAACUCCAUGUCUUUAGGUUUAGUUUGGAAAGCUCGGUUGACAGUGUCCGUAAAUCUAUCACUCAUGAAAAUCUAA